AUGCCCAAAAUUGACAAACGAUUAAAAAAGGGGGAGGCAGCAUUUAGAUCAUCCGAUAACUUAUUAGUCUUAAAAUGGAUGGAUAAGAAAGAAGUGUAUAUGCUUUCUACAAUGCAUACAGCAGAAUUUACAACGGUAAUCAGGCACGGAGGAGAAAGAGUUAUCCAGAAACCUGUAUGCGUGUUAGACUACAACAAUUCAAUGGGUGCAGUGGAUAAAGCUGAUAUGGUCAUAAGCAUUGUGAACUCGACACAGAAAUCUUUGAAAUGGUACCGGAAAUUUUUCUUUCAUUUGGUGGACAUUUGCGUCUGGAACACUUAUUGUCUGUACAAGCAUAAGAUGAAAUGA